AUUCAUCUACGAUCUGUGAACCGAAAUAAUGUCAUCCGCAGCGCUAAGAAGGAGUCUGAGCUUCGUGUCGCGACAAAGUUGCCCAACAGCCCCAAAUUCCUUCUCUGGCUUCAGCAGUUGCCCUUACCAGCCGCGUCGGUUCAAAGUUCGUGUGGUAAAGAGGAGGUGGCCAGACUCUCUCGAGUGGCUCUGCGCACCCAAUCGGGUCGUUAUCUCCACUCCAGUGGCAAACUUGUUGGCAGUAUUGAUGAAGCCACUCUCUUCGCUGUCUCAUUCAAACCUGCUACAUCCCAGAAGCUCAUGUUCCAAGAUGAGAAAGGCCAAUAUUUGACCGUGGGUGCGGGUGGCGUUCUCCUUGUCAAAAGUGGUCUUCGAGAGCCCAGAAGAGAAGAAGUUUUCGCCAUCGAUCCUCCCUCAAUCCAAGUGCGACUUUGGGCCUUUAACAACAAAUUCGCCUGCAACAAACACGGCCUAACAUUCUCCACUACUAUGGGAGAGACAGACGAGGAGAAGGAGACGGUGUAUCAGUUGGAGUACCUUGGCGGUGGUCGGGGUUUGAACAUGAGUGCCAUUGCAAACACCUCUACUACUCCCUCUGCUGACUGCUCACCGGCUGUCUUCAACUUUGAUGGAACAGACGAGAGCCGCUCUUACCUCACCACUGGACUCUGGCGUCUUCGCGCACAGGACGGCCGCCUCUGGCGAAUCCCCUCCUCCGGGUCCGCUGAUCUUGCUCCCCAAGAUUGCAAAGAUCCAUCGACACAAUUCGAAAUUCUCUACAUAUCCUCAUACCAGGAGGAGGAAGAUGGGGGCACUAAGACCAAGAUUAAUCCAUACGGUGGAAUUGUAAUCCGCACUUUAGAAGGGAGGUCAACCGCUGUGAAGCCUCUGGGAGCUCUUGGUGCAACUGAGCGUCUUGCAGACACUUCUGGAUGGACACCAACGCCGCCUGAAGUCUUGCACCUCCUUCCUCUGAUCAAUCGCACAUCGGUAGCAAUCUACUCACCUCUGGCAUGUGCUUACCUUGCUCCUAUAACCCCACACAGCUCAAAUGCUCGGCGUACUAGCUUCGGUGCUUCCUCCGCUGUGGAUUGUACAAGUUGUGUACCUCAACAAUGGUUCAUAAGGAACCUUGUAAAUGGAACAGUCCAAUUUUUCACUAAAAUGGACAGUGGUUGGAUGAUACUUUACGCCACAGGUCAAGGCAAUUUGGCACUAGCUGAAAGCAAUGCUGGACCCGAUGAAAUUGGAGACAACCAAGGAGCCAGUCUUGAAACGGAGUUUGUAAUCUGCAUGACUGAUGACAAAUUCGCUCUUCUGCGAUGCCUGAAACAGGUUGGGGGUCAACGAAAGGCUUCUUAUCUCACUGCCAACCUCCAAGGAAACAUCAAGUUGGAUGGUUCUGGAGUUAUUACACCUGGAUACAUUUGGCAGUUGUAA